AUGGCGCGAACGGCGAUCGCCACCGCGUUUCUUCGGGUGGCGUUCUUGGCGCUCUUGACAGUCUACGCUGCUCUGGGAUUCACAGCUGAACACCCAAAACAAGCGCAUGGCGAUCGGGAGCGCUUUGAGGAGGAGUUGCUGAUCAAGCCAUUGCCCGAUGGCCAUGUGCUGCUGCAUUUCCACUUCACGCAUUGGACGCCUGCGAAAAAGCACCACCAACUGUUCCCCCGUGCUGCAGACCAGCUGUCCCAGGCAUUGGACUUCGAAGAAGCUGAAGUGUCUUUCACCCGUGGUCGCUGGGACAACAGGAGAUGGGGCGAUCCAGCUGUGCCAGCGAAACCCAUGGGCGCUGAGCUCAUUGCUCGAUUCCCCAGUAGCCUUGCAGCGCCUGAACUGCCAUCGGCCUGGGGGAACCUUACGCAUGCUUUCAGUGGGCUACUCUGCUCAUCAUUGAACUUCCUUGAGAGGUCAGAGAUGGUUGCCCUACCAGAAUUCGUGUUCAAAAGGGAGGCUGGCAGCUGGGUUCAUGGUCUGCUGCCCAAGGAGGCUGUGUGCACUGAGAAUCUGACUCCAUGGUUGAAGCUGCUGCCAUGUGGGGACAGUCAUGGUCUGGCAGCGCUGAUGGACAGGCAUGUGCUCUACAGUGCAGACUAUCAUUCUCUUCACACCCACAUUGAAGUUACGCGAGGUCACCCAUCUAACGGUGGAAACGAACAGCUCCUGACUCAGACAUUAACCCUGGUCGUCAGGGGUUCCCAUGGAAUGUCAUCACUGUCUGCCAGGCCAUCCAACUGGUCGCUGAGCUCAAUCAUGGCUUCGCCACCAAAGGGCGCCUGUGCAGUCGCUUCACAAAGUCAAGUGUAUGUGCAGAUUCCUGGCCAGCUUGUAGACCGUGCCAAGGGCGUUGAAGAAGUAGAUACAGUGCCUGGGGGUGGGGACCACACAUUCUCUGCACACAACAACGCUUUGUACAUUGUGGAUCCUGCGCCCAACAAAACCCUCAAGCUCACCACCAUGGGUGUGGCCACAUCUGAUGCUAUCUUGGUGUAUGAUUUGGAAGUCAACAGCAGCCUUGACCCUGCAUUCUCCUGGCGUGUGGCGGGGAAUGGGGGGUGGGAGCCGCGGGGUGUGCAGUGUGAGGUGCACACCUAUAUCCGCAAUGGUCAGGGCGAAUCAGGUGGUUUAGUGGUGGAGGUCGGCUGGACAGGGGCAGGUUCAGCGCCGAGCAGGCCCAGAGGCCUCCUUCGGCACGAGCUCAAGAAGCUGUGCUUGCUGCAAACCGUGCCUUGGUUUGUGAGGGUAUGGAUUCACACCAUGAGGAUGCUUGUCGAUGGCCAGGAUUAUCCCACUGCUCGUGCCGUGUACAAGCAUAUGCUGGGCAUGUCUCAAGACCGAAAGGCCCCAGCUAUGCUGGAGCUGUGCCUGCAAGUGCCUGCCACUGCAUCUUCAAUGGCCAUAACUGUGGACUUCACUCCAGCAUUUCUGUCAGUGACUGAGCAUCCUCCUGAUGCACAUCGGGGUUUUGACAUUCCCCCUGCUCUCGUGACAUUUCCAGACGAGGAUGAUUCCACAGGUGUGAGGGCUGAGGACCUGAAGAAACCAAGUGAGAGCAUCCAGGUGCUGCUGCAGCUUCUUCAGCACAGUCAAAGAAAAUAUGUCUACAGCCAGGGCACGUUGGUGUCCUUGGCGACUCCAGACUUCAGUAUGCCAUACAAUGUGUGCUGCCUCACAAGUACAGUUCUUGCGAUCUACAUUGGCGCUAUGCUCAAGGCACUGGUGAAACGAACAGAUGCAGACGAAACAAACGAGGGACGGGAAUGGAGGAAAAGGUUGGCGGGCGGCGUAUUGUUGAUGAUUUUGAUGAUGUGCUGGGUAUUGUACAUGGACCCAGAAACGAGAGCCCAACUCGUGCAAUGGCUCACAGAUGUGGGGAUUUUGCACGUUCAGACCAACUGA